AUGUCAUCCACAGUCAGUCAUGCUGCAUCAGGCUCAUACGCAGCAUCGGGCUUUUCGAACCGUAUGGGCUGGGGCACUCGGCCGGCUUUGAUCCUCAUCGACGUGUGCAAGGCUUACUUUACCGAGGGGUCACCGCUGUCGCUGCUCGACAAUCCUGCGGGCGCAUCGUCGCCUGUCUCGAUGCGAAAACUGCUCGAGGCCGCCAGAGCAGGAGGCGCGCCCGUGAUCUGGAGUGAGGUGAAGUACACACGUUCGGACAUGGGCGACGCAGGCUUGUUCUGGCGAAAGGCCAAACUCCUCAACGUCUGGCAAGUUGGCGACACCAGAGGUCUGGCGGACUAUGUUGACGGUCUAGUGCCACGAGACGGCGAGGUCAUUGUAGUUAAGAAAUAUGCCUCGGCUUUCUUCGGGACGUCUUUGGCUUCUGAGUUGCAGUGUUUGAAUGUUGAUACCCUGGUCUUAUGCGGCGUCAGUACGUCCGGAUGUGUGAGAGCUACAACUCUAGAUGCCAUGCAACACGGGUUUAGACCAAUGGUCGUGGGCUCUGCUUGUGGCGAUCGGACACCCGAGAUCCAGGUUGCGAAUCUGUUUGAUUUAGACGCAAAAUAUGCAGACGUUGUUGAGGAAGCUGAAGCCAUCGAACGACUGAAGACGGGAUGGCCAUGA